AUGUCAUGGGGAGUGAACCCGCUAGGCACGUCACCGAUAACCUCCGAAGCCUGGAAGCCUCUCAGCCGCUUACCUUCAUUGCACGACAUCCCAACCGCCAAAUCUUUACCAGAACAAAAUCUGUUCUUGGAUGGAGCAAUAAUGGUUAAUCCUGAGCUGCGCCGGCAGGUGAUUAACGUCUACAAAGAGCUUUUGUUCUUGGGACGGGAAUAUCCUCUAGGCUAUCAGUAUUUCCGGGAUCGGUUACACCGUGCAUUUGCAAGUCAGACUCAAAUCACCGACGAUGAGCAGAUCCGCAAGGGGAUAGCGAGAGCAGAGUUUGUCAAGAAAGAAGUGGAAGCGCUGUAA